UACCCUAAUUAUAGAUAAAAAAAUAAAUGGAACUGUGCUAUGAGCAAUUCAAAAUCUAGAAAUAAAAAGAAAAAGUCGUUAGUUUAUUCCCUCGUUGAUUCUCUUGAUGAUGACAUGGCGAUAGGUGAUUCAAUUCCUCUAAUGACUCAUCAAGAAUAUAGCAACUUUGAUCAAGACGAUUAUCUUUCUGAAGGAGGUCGUAAGCAAGGCUAUGGUAUGUAUUCCAAUGAUAAGAGUGAUAGAAGAACGGAAUCUUUUUGUAAUAGAUGUUGUUGGUGUAUUACUAAAGCUUGUACUAAUUUUUCCAAUUUAUGUUGUGGUGCUCUUAAUAGAGUUUUUUUUGGAAGAAAAGAAUUUGAAGCAAAAAAAGUACUUGUUGGUGAAAACACUGGGCGUUCUCCACCUAACAUAAUCCGCAAUCAAAAAUAUUCUUUUUUUAGCUUUGUUCCAUUAGUUUUGUUUCAUCAGUUCAAGAUAUUCCUGAAUCUUUAUUUCCUUUGUGUUGCAAUUACUCAAUUUAUACCAUCACUUCGCGUUGGACCUUUAUAUGCUUAUUGGGCACCACUUGGUUUUGUUCUAUGUGUUACAUUACUUAAAGAAGGAUAUGAUGACAUUAAACGAUAUUUAAGAGAUAAAGAAGCAAACUCCCAGCAAUUUAAAAAAAUCACUCGAACUGGUGUGAAACUCAUUGCCAGUUCUAACAUUCAAGUUGGUGAUCUUAUUCUUAUUGAAAAGAAUCAGAGAGUACCUGCAGAUAUGGUAUUUUUACGAACAACUGAUAAAACAGGCACCUGUUUUGUGCGUACUGAUCAACUGGAUGGGGAAACAGACUGGAAAUUGCGUAUUGCUGUUCCUUCUUGUCAACAUUUAUUGUCUGAUCAAGACUUGUUCACACUAAAUGCAUCAUUAUAUGUAGAUAAACCUGAAAAAGACAUUCAUAACUUUGUUGGAACAUUUUCAAAGAUUAGUUGUGGUAAAGAAGAAUCUGAAUCAUUAAGUGUUGAAAAUACAUUAUGGGCUAACACAGUUGUUGCAUCAGGAACUGCUUGUGGAGUAGUCAUAUAUACUGGAUAUGAAACUCGUAGCGUCAUGAAUACUUCAGCACCAAAGUCAAAGUUUGGUUUGUUGGAUAGAGAGUUAAAUAACAUGACAAAAGUAUUGUUUUUAAUGAUGGUGUGCUUGUCAUUAGCAAUCAUUGUUAUGAAGGGUUUUAAAGGUCCAUGGUGGAAAUUUUUUAUAAGAUUUAUAAUCUUAUUUUCCUAUAUAAUACCAAUAAGUUUGAGAAUAAAUCUUGAUAUGGCAAAACUUUGUUAUUCUUGGCUAAUUUCCAAAGAUAAAAACAUUCCUGGUACAGUUGUUCGAAGCAGUACCAUACCAGAAGAACUUGGUCGUGUCUCUUAUUUACUAACUGAUAAAACAGGAACUCUUACUCAAAAUGAAAUGGUUUUUAAAAAAUUGCAUUUGGGAACAGUCUCAUUUGGUCAAGAUUCUAUGGAAGAAGUUCGAACUUAUCUGACAUCAUUGUAUUCACGCUCAGCUGAUACUAUUGCUGCUAAAAAAACGAUUCGAAGAACUGUUGUAACACGUGUUUACGAAGCAGUAAAGGCAUUAGCACUUUGCCAUAAUGUGACACCAGUUGUUGAUGAAAAAAAUCAAACUAGUCAAACUGAAGUUAAUGAUAUCAGGUCUGAUGACAUUGUUUACCAAGCUUCCAGUCCUGAUGAGGUUGCAUUGGUUUCUUGGACAGAAAGUGUUGGGUUAACUCUUGUUAACAGGGACUUAACAAUGAUGACACUUAGAUCACCUUUAGGAGACUUGUUGUCUUACAAAGUUUUGCAGAUGUUUCCGUUUACAUCUGAAACAAAGAGAAUGGGGAUCAUAAUAAAGGAUGAACAGUCAAAUGAGAUUGUUUUUUAUAUGAAAGGUGCGGAUGUUGUUAUGCAGAGUUAUGUAAAUUACAAUGAUUGGUUGGAAGAGGAGUGUGGAAAUAUGGCAAGAGAAGGUCUUAGAACUUUAGUUGUAGCAAAAAAAGCAAUUACAGAUGAACAAUAUGCAGAUUUUGAGUAUCGAUAUAAUCAAGCAAAGUUGGCUAUGGAAGAAAGAAGUGCAAAGAUGUUAAAAGUUGAAGAAAGUUUGAUCUAUGAUAUGGAGUUGCUGUGUCUUACUGGAGUAGAAGAUAAGUUACAAAAAGAUGUCAAACCUACAUUAGAACUACUUAGAAAUGCAGGAAUUAAGGUAUGGAUGUUAACUGGAGAUAAAAUGGAAACAGCUAUUUGCAUAGCACAAAGUGCACGAUUAGUUUCAAAAACACAGAGCAUAUACCAGUUUAAAUCUGUUACAAGUCGUGCAGAAGUUCAUCAAGAAUUAAAUUCUUUUCGACGCAAGAAUGAUCAUGCUCUUGUAAUGAAAGGAGAGUCUUUAGAGAUGGUUAUAAAUCAUUACGAGCAUGAGUUUAUGGAGUUAGCCAUACAAUGCCCAUCUGUUGUUGUAUGUCGGUGCACACCUACACAAAAAGCUGAUAUAGUUCGAUUGAUAAGCACUCAUACUGGAAAAAGAACAUGUGCUGUUGGAGAUGGUGGAAACGAUGUGUCAAUGAUACAAAUGGCUGAUGCUGGAGUUGGUAUUGUAGGAAAGGAAGGAAAACAAGCUUCUCUUGCAGCUGAUUUUUCAAUAACACAAUUCAGUCAUCUGGGAAGGUUAUUAAUGUGGCAUGGAAGAAAUAGUUACAAAAGGUCUGCAGCCCUCGGUCAAUUUGUUAUACACAGAGGUUUAAUUAUCUCUGUCAUACAGGCGGUAUUUUCAUGUACAUUUUUUUUCAUUUCUGUACCACUGUAUCAUGGCAUGCUACAAGUUGGCUACUCUACAGUAUAUACAACAGCACCUGUCUUUUCACUUGUUUUGGAUGUUGAUGUUAGAGAUGAUAUUUCGUUACGUUACCCUGAGCUGUAUAAAGAUCUUGUAAAAGGAAGAAUACUAUCAUACAAAACUUUUUUUAUAUGGCUAUUAGUUAGCAUUUAUCAAGGUGGUAUAAUAAUGUUUGGGGCCUUGUUACUGUUUGAAGAUGACUUUAUCCACAUAGUUGCUAUUUCCUUUUCUUCACUUAUUCUUACUGAGUUACUAAUGGUAGCUCUUACUAUUCGAACCUGGCAUUGGCUUAUGGUGUUUGCAGAGUUAUUAUCUCUUGCUAUAUAUGUAAUAUCUGUGAUUGUUCUCAGACGUGAAUUUGAUCAAAAUUUUAUAAUGACUGGUGCUUUUUAUUGGAAAGUGACCGUAAUUACGCUUGUCAGUUGUCUGCCAUUAUAUAUACUAAAGUUCCUCCGAAGAAAGUUUGCACCACCAAGCUAUUCAAAACUAAGUUAACUCAUUGGUUUGUCGUGAAGUUUGAUAUAUUUUAUCGAAAUGGAAUGGAUUAUAAAAUUUAACAGAGGUUUUUUGAAGAAAAGUAUUAAAAAGUAUAAAUAUUACUUUCAUUAUUUUUUAAGUUUUUAUACUGUUACUAAGGUUACUGUUAUCAUUUGGUAAACGUAAAAAUUGUUUUAUAGGUUUUAUUUUUAAAUAGAUU